AUGUCGCCGACCCGCACCCUGCCUGCAGCCGCCAACUCCUCUUGUUCUCUCACCAUCUACUGUGAUCCCUCGACAAGUUCCUUCAACGCUAGCACGACACACUCCUUUUGGGUGCUAUCGGUUACGAGCUCCUCACUUACGACCACCGAUGAAGCUGUUUCUUCGACGAAGAUUCCAAGACCCUACGAGACAGUUGUUCUCCUUCCGACCACCUGGCCUACAUUCCCCAGACCUUUGACUUUGGAGACCUCACAAGUAUCGGUCUUCUCGCCGUCGACUAGUGCUUCCUCCGCCCCUUCCACAAGUGGGCUCGGUCCCCCCACGAUCACGGGGAGUGUAGUUGAUUCUGCGCCCCAGAGCCUCGCAAUCGAAGGAGGAGACGCUGACUCGAGACCAUAUGCUCUUUCCGGUAUUUCGACGUCCUUCCCCGUUCAUUCGACAAGCGUGUCAAACAGCAUUUCAACCACACCAAAUGCUGCUGCUCGAAUAUCCUCCGCAGACGCGAGUUGGGGCUCUACCGCCUCAAGCGUGCUUCCCCUCCCAACCCAAAAUUCUUCGACUCCUCCCGCAGCUCCCUCGCCUCCAACCACUUGGCCGACCAUACCCACGACCAUCGACGGCGUUGCUGGACCUAGUUCUUCCAUAACGACAACGACCUCAACUUUAACAACUUCGACAACGUCGCCGCCCCAAACCGAGUUCAUGCUCGGAUAUGAACCCUCCUCGCACUCAACCGUGUCACUUUUCAGCGGCAUGGUGGUUGUAAUGAGGCCACCCGUCCUCCUACCGUCGAUAUGGCCAAUCCUCGAAAGUUCAACCACGCCAACAACGACAACCCCUGUACACAUUUCAACACCUGUGGAGGAUCUUCCAUCGCUUGUAACUCCUACCCCUGACCGUAUUCGGAAUCCAGACACUCCUGUCGUUUCGAACGACCUGGUUCAAGGGCCAUCGAGGCGGAAUGACCCGCAGCAACCUUCGCCCACUGAACCAUACUCCGGAGUCUCAUCAGGUCAGUCAACGGCGUCUACAGGAGCAGCGGCGGACGCAGGGGAUCUCGUUGGUUUUGGAUCAUCGUCGGACGUUGGUCAAUCCUCUCAUGCUCAGACGCAUACAACAUCGUCGUUAUCGGGAUCCACUUCGACUCCCGAAAUUUCAACAUCCACAACUGAUGAUACCGAUCAAGACGAUCAAGAUACACCGCCAUCCGCCACCAACGUCUUGAAUUCAUCGGCUACGUCGGUUUUUUUACCGUAG